AUGAAGAAGUGUUUUGAGACGUCUCAAAACACUUCUCCGUACACGUGGCCAUCCUCUUUCCCCCUCCUCCUCACCAACACUACUCUCAUGUCUCCUGCUUUCUUCCGCUCUCCCCUGCUCUCCUCCGCUCUCCCUUCAUUUCUCCUUUUCCCCCUCACUCACCCCUCAUUCCCCACUCACCCACCCCUCAUUCCCCCCUCACUCAUCCCUUUUCCCCCCUCAUUUACCCCACCAACUUACCUCUCAUCUCUCCCACACCUACCCCUCACUGUUCCACUGCCUUACACCUCCCUCUCAGCUUCACAUACCCAUUCCCUGUCAACUCCAGGCCUGGUCACCCCCCUCAUUUUCUCAUCCCUCAUCCCUCCCCUCCAGCAGCUUACCUCACAUCACACUUACCCCCUACUGUUCCACUGCCUUACAUCUCCCUUUGCCGCUGCCUGUAUGUUCCCUCAACCUCCCUCUACCUUCAGUACCCACCCAAGCUCCUCCUGGCCUACCCACAUCUGA